AUGGAUUCAUACAUCAAAUGGAAAGAGAUUAACAGGCUACCCGACACCCCACGCUUGAUUCUGGAGCUGAGUGGCAGCUCAACCAUCUGGACGGAGUCGCGGAACGAAAAUUAUUCUGUCUUGGUUACUCUUCGGAGGGUUCUAAGUGGUGAACCAGAUGAUGAUUUCAACAAUCAGAAAGAGAGCGAUACCAAACAAGAUAUUAAUCAACCAUGCUGGCUGCGCUGGUCCCCUCUAAUCGACCCCGGCAGGGGGGAUUUUAUCCUCCUGCGCCAUGAUCCAGGGAGCAGCAAAGAUCCGCCUUCGUUCUAUACGGCGGAGGCCAAGAAUUGCCACGACUGCUAUAAAGUCACCCACAGGUUGUCAUUUCCCGAUACCUGGGAAAAGCUUUUACAGCCAGAGCAUACCUAUGAUCUUCUCUGGACUGGAGGAGAAAUUGAAUAUUGGGGUUGGGGCACGCAGCCAGACGUGGGAAAUAAGCCUAAGUGGCCACCGGUCCUGGUUCCAGGUGGUGCACAUAUCACGUUUUCGGUGGAAAAUGGGGAGCGGCCAUCUAUUCCGCAGCCUAAGACGCCACCACCUAUCCAGGCGAGUGAGAGAAUCCCAGGGGCACCAGUCCUUAGCAUUGAGCUAAGCUGUAGCCCAAUGAUGACCAUGACGGGGAGUCUGGAGAUCUCUAUCAGAGUCGUUUACCACGGUCUCCCAGAGAACAACAAUACAACAACAAACGACCAAAACCCCCGACCAAUCACCUUCCACACCUAUGCAUUCAAUCCAGUAGAUAGCGAGUUUCGUGUCUAUCGCCGUCGCUGUCUUGAUCAAUCCAGCCUAGAGACAGAGGACGAAUGGGAGUCGUUCCAGGGCUACGGCUGUAGAUUUGGAAUGUGGGAUAAUCCCGACAAGCUGAUAAAUGUCUCCGAGAACCCGGAUGGCCUAUUCCCGACCCUCUUCCCUGGCGAAUCAUGGUCGGACUCCUGGACCCUGACGGCAGACGGAGAUUUUCUGCCCGAUGAUCUAAAACCUGGCGAAAGGCUCCGAUACCACUUUAAGGGAAACACAUUGGAUUGGUGGGAUUGGGGAAUCUCAAGUUCUCACAUCCAGACCAUCGUCAUGCUCCCUGGCUCGGGGGUGGAACCGAUCUCGGAACCCAAGGAUAAUGGGGGCCGGCCGAAGGUGGUCGUACCGGCGUCGAACACUGUGGAGUGGUCGGUGGUCGGUGAGUGA